AUGAACGCCAGCCACGUGGCAAUUGCAAAUACAGUGGCUGUGCUAGGGAAGGUGCAUGGGGCGCUUGGGGAGGAAUGUGGGGAGAAAGCAGGGGGAAAAGGAGAGUUGGUAGGAAAAGGAAGAGAGGAAGAGGCGGUAGUGGUGGGAGGCAGGAAGGAAGGAGGGGAGCAAGGGGGGUUGAUGGGGGAAGAGGGGAAGGAAGGGGCGGUGGGAGGGGGGUUGGUGGCGGAAAGGGGAGAGGAAGGUGGGGAGAAAGAGGGUUCUCCUGCGAGAGGAGGUGAUGAGGGUGGGGUGGUGGUGCGAGGUGGGAAUGAAGGGGCCACUGAUGUGGGCAGAGGUGGCAUUGAGGCGGGCAGAGGUGGCAUUGAGGCGGGCAGAGGUGCAUCUAAUGAUUCUCGACGAAACAGGAGGCUGCUGAGGAACAGGGUGAAUGCGCAGCAAGCAAGGGAGAGGAAGCGACAACGCAUGGAGAGCUUGGAGGAGCAAUGCCUGGCGAAGAAGAGGGAUAACGAGCAGCUGGAAUUGAGGAUAGCAGCAGUGCAGCAGGAGAACGACCGGUUAAGGGAUGCAGUUAUCUCUCUACUGGAGGCGACCAGCGGCCUCGAUACAGGCACACUCAAUACAAGGACGUUCAAUACAAGCACCAUCAACAUAGAAACGUUCACUCAGCAGCAAGAGAAUCCUGUCCUUUACCAUGCCCUUGGUCAACAAUGCAAGGAGCAGGAGCAAGCACAGAGUUGCAAGCAGUGCCAGGCAGGGGCAGAGGGAGGCAGGCAGAGUCGCCUGUUCAUUUCAAAUGCGUAA